CGCCCAUCCUCUGGCUGUCCAAGCCACUGGACCAAGCUGACAGGUUUUAAAUCAUCAAACUCUAACAAACUAUCGCAACACUUACUUUUGAGGCUCGCAGCCGGUGGAGUUGGCUGAUGUUUGCCACAAUACUCGAUCCCAAUCCAAGGUCGCCGUUGAUCGUCUGCAGCUCAGUAUUUGUAGCUUACACACUUAACCUGCUGCCAAUCCUCCGCACGCGAUAAGGCGUCUCAGGACCUAAGCUGUCUUGCCUGUUAUCCCUUGGCCUGCAGGUGACUCAACACUGGCCAGCGCUUACCUGACGCAUCCCACGUCCCUUGACAUUCGCUAUCCGCACGGCUGGCUCAGGCACCACCGCCGCCUGCACGCCGCCCCCACUUCUUCUCGUCUCUUGGCUUGUCUGCCUGCAGAUUGACGGCCACACGUCCGCAUGGCGUCCUCAACCUCAGAUCAGAAGCCCGAGCCCGGGCUGAACGUACCACUUCGUUCGCCGGCACCCGACACAGCCUCUCCACCUCUGGUCUCGCCUCACCUGCCUAGGCGCGCAUCGAGCCAUCAUAAUCGCAACCCCCCGACCAGCGUUUUAUCGCCCAACUCGGAAAAACCCUCUCGACAGAGCGAAGACGAUCCAAAGAAGCGCAUUCGAAAGCUGCAAAAGAAACGCCACAACGGCGCACAUUCGCCCACGAUGGAGAUUCCUGAGCGAUUACGCGAGAGCGACCCCGAAGAUGAAGACGAUGAUACCCGGAGGCCCCCCUUCACGAUGAACCAGAGCAUAUUCGGUCUGAUAGCUGCAGCCGGCUCUGCUGUUGAUUUUAACGAUCGCUUCGAGGGUGCCAGCAGUGACGAGGACGAUGACGGUGCCGAUGGCGACCAUGAACUCCCGUUUCCCAGGGAUAGGCGGCGGAACAUGGCACAGACUGCAAUCCUCAGGAGAUCCAGGGCUCCUGAUGAGAGUCUUGAAGUCGAGAAAAAGAGGCGGAAAGGCUCAGGGCACAAACUUCUGCGAUCUCUUCCACAAAUAUCGCUUCCGAAGCGGUUGUCGUCCCUCUCAAAGAAGAGCAAAUCAACCAAGAGCAAGGAACCGCAAAUCAACGAGGAAGAGGAGGCCGAAGAAUCACAACCAUCUCCUGAAAACUCAUCGCCUACCAUCGAGUCUUCCCGGAAUGAUGGUCGCCUGCCGCCUGUCAUGAGUAGGAUAUUAGAGGCCAGGGCCGAGCUGUCACUUUCGCGACCAAGUCUCGACCUGGACAGGAUAUACGGUUCAAACUCACCUACUGCCGAAGGAGGCCCGUCUGCCCUGGCAAUAAAGCUCAAAGAGAUCUUUGAGUUCGACCAAGUCGAAGCCGUAAUGGAUGAAUAUCCCUGCUGGUUACUCCAAAGCGUUCUGCUUCAGGGGUACCUAUACAUCACCAGCAAUCACAUAUGCUUCUACGCAUACCUACCAAAGAAAGCCAAUGAGGUUGUCAAAUCGGGCUACCUAUCCAAGAGCGGCAAACGAAAUCCCAAGUAUAACCGCUACUGGUUCAGAUUAAAAGGAGAUGUCUUGGCAUAUUACCGUGACCCGUCGAACCUUUAUUUUCCCAGCGGCCAGAUAGAUUUGCGCUAUGGCAUAUCCGCAACAGUCACAGAUAAGGACAAGGAUGGCCUCAACUUCACGGUAGUAACGCACCAGCGCUCAUAUCAUUUCCGCGCCGACAGCGCUCCUAGCGCCGGCGAGUGGGUAAAGAGCCUUCAGCGUGUCAUUUUCAGGUCGCACAACGAGGGAGACAGUGUCAAGAUUUCCUUACCGAUUCGCAACGUCAUGGAUGUCGAGGAGAUGCAGGUUGUCCAGUUUGCUGAAACUUGCAAGAUCCGCGUUAUUGACAACGAUGAGACAUAUGCCAUUGAUGAGUACUUCUUUUCAUUCUUUAGUUUCGGAAAAGAGGCCAUCAAUGUCAUCAAGGCCAUGGUCGAUCAGCGUCAAGAUGGCCAAAACAAUGAUUCUCGAGGUUCCGACGACGACUCGCCUUACGUCGAACCCCCAUCAAAGUCGAGCUCUAUCAGCGGCGGCCGAGAUCGCCCACCCAAGCUGUCGAAAAUAAAUGAUAACGUACGGGCCACACUCGCACCUAUGUCGCCUACUAGUCCGACAAACCCAAGCCCACGUGCCAGUGGUGACUUCAGCCGGAGUAGUUUCGAUGCGCUACGUAAUUUCGGACGACGCAGCUUGGAUCUGGAUUCGGCUGUCCGCGACGAGAGUCAAGUUCGUAGGAGUUUUAGUGGACACCGGCAUGCUCGCUCAAGAAGUAGACCUCGGCUCUCUGAGCAUGAGCCUAUUCCUGAGAAGCAUGGCUCGUCGGAUUCUUAUAUACAAUCUUCCACAGAAGAUCCGAGCCUGGCUAGUAUCUCGGGAAUGAUUGUGUCGGGCAGCGAAGACCAAUCUGCCAGUCAGAUCCUCAAAGGCAGCGACGUGUUUCACAGUCCAACAAUUCGACGCGACGGCUCAGGCUCAAGGAAAGGGGAUAACGAUGAUAAGUCGUCUGACAAACUUACCUCAAAGGCCAGACCGCAAGCAGGAAAUGGGCAUUCUCCUGAUUUCAAAAUCAGCGACAAGCCCUCUCGUCACUCAGAAGGACAGGCAAAUACCAUGGUCUCACUGCCUGCCCGGGGUGCCGGGGCCCUUGCUGGCUACCUCAAUCGCCCACUUUCGCCUUUCCGCCGCAUGAGCAACCUUUUAGCGACCGAAUCCAUGGGAUAUGUCGAGAAAGUCUCGGGUAUGUGGAAGGGUGGCCACCGCCACUACGACGAGGCAGCCGCUCUAAAGACCGACGAUGAGCUUGCCGAGGACGAAGACGAAGAGAAGGUAGCCACUUCUCGAGAGCGCUUCCGCCAGCAUUUUGCACUUCCCGAGUCAGAGAAAUUGGUUGCCACCUACUUUGGGCACAUGAUCCGCGUCCUCCCCCUUUACGGCAAAAUUUACAUCAGUGACCGAUCUUUUUGCUUCCGCAGCUUGCUCCCUGGCACUCGGACGAAGCUCAUCCUUCCCCUCAAAGAUGUUGAGAAUGGACACAAAGAGAAAGGCUUCAGAUUCGGUUACUCUGGUCUUGUGGUCGUGAUUAAAGGCCAUGAGGAGCUCUUCUUCGAGUUUGGUCAGGCUGAAGUUCGGGACGAUUGCGCCAUUACGCUCCUUCAGCAACUAGAGUCAACGCGCUAUCUCCAAGAGUCGGGCAUGCUGGGUCAGGAUGAGAAGGAAGACGCGGAGAAUGCAGUUGCGGAGCGAGAUGCGCUGCAGUCUGCUCGACAGGAAGAGCGACCCACCCAUGAGAUUCCUCUCCCGAAGCAAACCUCUGUAGUCAGCGACGCCCCCACUAUCCUGUUCGAUGACCCGAAGGCCUCCUUCUUGAACUUCAAGCCACCGAACCCGUUGCGGAUCACCUGUCUUACUAUUGGUUCGAGGGGAGACGUGCAGCCGUAUAUUGCGUUGGCAAAGGGUCUCUUGAGGGAAGGCCACGAAGUGCGGAUUGCGACCCACGCAGAGUUCGAGCCGUGGAUUCGAUCUCACGGUAUCGACUUUAGGAAGGUUGAGGGUGAUCCGGGCGAGCUCAUGCAACUCUGUAUUGAAAACGGAACUUUUACUUGGCAAUUCUUGAAGGUUGCCGCCUCCAAGUUCCGCGGCUGGCUUGACGAGCUCCUUUCUUCCUGCUGGCAGGCGUGCCAGGGAUCCGACCUACUCAUAGAGAGCCCCAGCGCCAUGGCUGGUAUCCACAUCGCGGAAGCAUUGCAAAUACCGUACUUCCGCGCCUUUACAAUGCCCUGGACACGGACGAGGGCUUACCCGCAUGCAUUUGUUAUGCCGGAGCACAAGAUGGGCGGCGCUUACAAUUACGUGACAUAUGUCAUGUUUGACAACAUGUUCUGGAAAAUGACUGCGCAGCAGAUCAACCGCUGGCGAAACGUCGAGCUGGGUAUCCCCAACACGAGUCUGGAGAAGAUGCAGCCGAACAAGGUGCCGUUCUUGUACAACUUCAGCCCCUACGUGGUGCCUCCACCUCUCGACUACAGCGACUGGAUUCGUGUGACAGGCUACUGGUUCUUGGAUGAGGGCACUCCUCGGAAGGCUGCCGCAGAGAUUGAGGCAGGCGAUGAAUCAGAAGAGAAACCUACUGACCAAAAAGAUGGAGACAAAAAUGUGGCCAGUGGCAGCAACUGGACGCCUCCACCUGAACUGGCUGAUUUCAUUGAGAAGGCCAGGGCCGACAAGAAGAAGCUAGUGUAUGUUGGCUUCGGGUCCAUCAUUGUCAACGAUCCGGUCAAAUUGACCCAGGAGGUUAUCGAUGCUGUAAUAAAGUCGGAUGUGCGAUGUAUACUGUCCAAGGGCUGGUCUGACCGGAUGAGCACUGGCAGCAAUGCCACGGACCCCAAGCCUUCACAAGAUGGCGAGCAAGCCGAAACUGAUCAGCAGCAGCCUGUGGAGAAAAAAGAAGAGCCAAAGCUCCCUGACGAGAUCCUCCAGAUCAAGUCGGCGCCGCACGACUGGCUCUUUGCCCAGGUGGACGCGGUUGCGCACCACGGUGGGUCCGGCACGACUGGAGCCAGUCUCCGUGCAGGCGUUCCUACUAUCAUCCGACCAUUCUUUGGAGACCAGUUUUUCUUUGGCAGCAGAGUUGAGGAUCUCGGGGUUGGUAUUUGCGUGCGCAAGUGGGGUACCAACGCCUUUGCUCGCGCACUCUGGGAGGCAACCAACAGCGAACGCAUGAUUGUCAAAGCGCGCGUUCUGGGAGAACAAAUCCGAAAGGAAAACGGUGUCGAAACGGCAAUCCAGUGCAUCUACAGGGACAUGGAGUACGCCAAGAGCCUCAUCAAGGCCAAGGCGAACAAGAAUACGAAACAACAACCAAGCAAGCAUGAGGGUCAGGCAGGGGAAGUCCAUGACGACGAAGGCAGCGACGAUGAUACGGAGGAGUGGACGUUUGUCGGCGGCAACGACCCGGGAGAGGGUGGUGCAGAGUUUCCCGAUGCCGCUUAUCGGCGCCAGGAAAGCGCUAAGAGCGGUGACGCUGCGGUCGGUCUUGGUCUCGGCAUUGGUGCCAGUUCUAGCGGAGGAGGAAAGGCUCUCGGAAGCAAGGUCCUCAGUGGCGCCUAAGUGAUGUGCCACUAGGUGGGUACUGUGCUAUGGCAGGUGCCAAUAUUGUUUUCUGGCGGACAGAAGCGCUCUUCGGUGGGGAAGCAGUCCCAAGGGCGGAGACGAAGCGCCAUGAAGCUUUAAUGUAAUAAGAUGAUGGCCUUGGGGACUUUUUUUUUCUCUCUUUUCUUUCAGUGGUCAAUCUGGGGAUUGGGAUGGGCGCGUGCUGCACGAUGCGGCUACCCAAACGAAUGUCACGACAUGGCAUCGACUCAAGAUGCAUUACGACCAGGUGAGGGCGUUUUGGUUCAUAGGGUUGUUUGUGUAAGGCAGACAGGGCAGGGAAUGGCAGGCCUCAGGUGCCCUUUUUCAUAAUUGUAGCCAUAGGCAUAAUUCAUAUCUGCAAGUAUCAUUUCAGCAGCCAUUGGGUGG